AAUACCGUAUAAAUCCGAGGGCCAUCAUGUAAAUACAAUUGAAGUUGAUGUGUGAAGGGGAAGCCACCAAAUGAGCCAGGUCUCUCUCUCUCUCUCUCUCUCUCUCUCUCUAGGUUCGCACAGCGCAGCUUCCAAGGCGAGUCUGUCACGAGCGUCUUCGUCUCCGGCGAGCGAAUAACUUCCCGAUUUUUGUUUUCCGGCAAAAUUUAUCGAUUCGACUCUAUAUAGCUUGAAGGAGGUGAUUGUUUUCGCUCUUGGUUUUGUUUGGGUUUGGCUGCAGCUGAUUUUCUUAGGGAUUCGUCCUCAAAUGUCAGAAGCUUCUCGGCGGAGUAGGGUCACUAUUACUCUAGGCCGUAGUGGCCAGGUGGUGAGUCGAGAUGGAACUGAUAUAGAUGAGCUGCCCAGAGUUGGGACCAAGCGCUCUGUCAAAGAAAGACUAGGGAAUCAGUUUGAUAGUUCUUCUUACGGAAGUGAUGCGGUCAGUAAAAGGCAAAGAGGGGAAGCAAGUUUCAGUGGAAAUGAUUUGCAGAUCAGUCAACAUGAUCUACGUUUCAAACUGUUGCAAAAAAAUGCACAGAGGCGAACUCAGAGCGAGGAAGGCAGCACUAUCGAUCUUCGUGAAAUGCUGCUCUCCAAGUCCAAGAGUGAGCAGCUUCCUCGUAGCCUUGAUGCUCGACCUCGUAUGGCUGACCCGAGGGAUGACCCGUUGCCUCAAUCAAGAACUGCUCGUGGUCCCUCUCAGAUGCUUUCAUCAAGCAGUGCGUAUUCUCCAUGGGCCCGGGAUGAUAUACGACGGAGAUCUCCAGAGAGGCUUAUGAGUGCUUCCAGGGGCCGAUCGCCACCAAGAAAUGGUGGAAGUAUCAGUGGCACUCGAAGAUCUCUUUCACCGCCGAGGAGCACCAGAAGCUUCAUUGGUGGUUCUAGGGGUUCAUCACCGCCAAGAAGUUCUGGAAGAAUGAUUAGCCAUCCAAGGAAUGUAUCGCCGCCACCAAGAAGUGGUGGAAGGAUGAUUGGCCAUCAUAGGGAUCUAUCACCGCCGAGAAGUGCUGGAAGAAUAUUUAGCCAUCCAAGGGAUAUGUCGCCGCCAAGAAACGCUGGAAGUAUCAGUGGCACUCCAAGGGCUCUUUCACCAUCCAGGAACACCAGAAGCUUCACUGGUGGUUCCAGGGGUCUAUCACCGCCGAGAAAUGAUGGAAGAAUGUUUGGCCAUCCAAGGGAUCUAUCACCUCCUCCAAGAACGACUGGAAGGAUGAUUAGCAGCACUCCAAGGGAUAUAUCACCGCCAAGGAACCCCAGAAGCUUCAGUAGUGGCUCUAGAGCUCUGUCCCCAACUAGAAACAUGGGAAGCAGCUACAUGGGUUCUUCUCGGGGGUUUUCUCCUUCGAGGAAUCCUGGAAGCAGCUACGUGGGUUCUUCCAGGGGUUCUCCUCCACCAAGGAGCAUUGAUGAUUUCCAUGGACGAAGCAGGAUGGUUGAUGAUGUUAGACCAUCACCGUAUGCAGUUAGAGGUGUAGUAAAUAAUCAAGCACCAGGAAGUGGCAUUACUCUUUCUAGGACAAUGUUGCCUCCACCGGUUCCAAACCCUCAUCCAUUACCUCCUUUGAGUCAGCUUCCUCCACUUGAAAGUAUGAUGCAGAACAGUCCCUUCCCUAUGGAAGAGCCUCUAACAGUAGAGAGCUUUCUAAAUUCACUUGGACUUGGAAAAUACUUCCUUGCCUUUAAGAGAGAGGAAGUGGACAUGACGACGAUAAAGCAGAUGAAAGAAAGUGAUCUAAAAGAUCUCAUCAUACCAAUGGGUCCAAGGAAGAAGAUUCUACAGGCCAUAGCGUGUCUUCCAAAACGGUAGCAGCUGUGAGAAACGGGUUUGGUGGUCUCUGCCUGAUUCUCACUCUUGUGGUCAUAAUUGGCCCUAUUGCGGAUUGAAACUAAGAAACUCUUCUGUCUGGAUGAUUGUAGUCAGAAUGUUAUUCUCUGGAUCCUCUCUGAUGCAAUUGUCUCUUUUUAUUCUAGACAAAGUUGUCAACCGAACCAGCGUACAGUCGGGUCAGGGUCGUGUCUUAUUUUGAAACGUGACUGGCAUUUUGGUGAAUUGUAAACCUUUCUGGAAUAGCGUAUUUAAAUCCUAGUGUUAACCCGCCCCAUUCAGUUC